CCCGGGAUGUGGUGAUCCGUGACGUCAGCACAGCAGGGUGUAGCACGUACAUCAGAGGUUUGUGGACACGGCACAAGGUGGUGGUGUUUCUCAACAAACUGACAAAUUCUACCUAUCAAACCAUCGAGAUCCGUGCGAGACCGUCUGGCGGUGGAAAACAGAGCUCACCAACAUGACAGAUGUCAUAGUGAACGGGAGUAUAGAAGAGGAGACGGGAGAGAAAAGCCCGCCAAACGGUCACCGACCGUUCCGGAAGGGCUCCAAUCCGCUGAACCAGACACAGCGCGGCCGACUGCAGCACAGGAGGAGCGUGCUCAACACGCAGAUCAACAAGGAAAUGCGGAUGCGAGCUGGCGCUGAGAACCUAUACAGAGCGUGUAACAGCAGGAAGAUGAAGGAGACCGUAGCUCUGGAGCUCAGCUUCGUCAACUCCAACCUCCAGCUGCUGAAGGAGGAACUGUCCGACCUCAACAGCUCCGUGGAGGUUUACCAGAGUGACAGCGAAACCAGAGCAACUCCCAUGAUCCCGCUGGGGCUGAAGGAGACCAAAGAUGUGGACUUUAACAUACCUUUCAAGGAUUUCAUCCUAGAACACUACAGUGAGGACAGCAGUGAGUACGACGGAGAGCUGAAGGAGCUGCAUGACCUCAGAAGGGCCAUGCGGACCCCUGAGCGAGACGAGGCAGGAAUAGAACUCCUGAUGGAGUACUACAACCAACUGUACUACGUGGAGAAGAGAUUCUUCCCUCCCAACAGACACCUGGGCAUCUACUUCCACUGGUUUGACUCGCUGACAGGAGUCCCGUCCAGCCAGCGUACUGUAGCGUUUGAGAAGGGCAGCGUUCUCUUCAACAUCGGCGCCCUCUACACACAGAUCGGGGCAAAGCAGGACAGAACCAAGAAGGAUGGAAUCAACGCCGCAAUCGAUGCUUUCCAGAAAGCUGCAGGUGCCUUUAAGUACCUGCAGGAUAACUUCAGCCACGCCCCAAGUAUGGACAUGGGUCUGGAGACGUUAGAGGCCCUGAUAAAGCUGAUGCUGGCCCAGGUGCAGGAGUGUGUGUUUGAGAGGAAAGUACUGGAUGGGUGGGAGGAAAACCUCACUAACUGUCUCACUGUGGCACAGGAGUCUGCAAAGGUGUCUGAAGCAUACAGCAUGGUUCACAAGGCCAUGAACACGCCGCCUGUCAAGGACUACGUGCCCUUCUCCUGGAUCUCCAUGGUGUUGGUCAAGUCUGAACACUUCAAGGCACAGUCCCACUACCUGGCUGCUGUAGGCUUCAUCGACCAGAAAGGUGAUAAUGAUGAAGAUGAGUUGGAGAAGCUGCUGUCUCAGGUCCACCUGAGGGAUGCUGACAGCCCCUCCACAGUCGCUACAGACAGGGAGGACAGAAAACAGCUAGGUAAAGCCCACCUGCGGGAAGCCCUGAUCCUACACGAGGAUGCCUUGAGAGUCCACAGGAUGUGUAAGAAGCUGCGACAGAUCGACACACUGGGCACCAUCCUGAAGGAGGCCCACAACAAGUCCAUGACCAAAUAUAGUGAUGUGGAGGAGGAGGAUGAGUUCUAUGAUGAAGUCAUUGCUCCGAGGAUACAACCUAAAACCCACCAGAGACCAGAGAUCAAACCACCCAACUUUGCAAAUGUCAAAGUAGUGGACAUUUUCCACAGACUGGGCCCUCUUGCAGUGUUUUCCGCCAGAAACCAAUGGAGCGUGCCCAGAACGUGUUUGAUGGAGAAGGGUGAACAGGGCUUUGGGUUUGUACUAAGAGGAGACUCACCAGUCAUCGUAGCAGAGGUGGAGCCUGGCAGCAAAGCUGCGCAAGGUGGCGUGAAGCCGGGUGACUUUAUCGUGGCGGUGGACGGGCGGAACGUGAAGUGGGGGAAGCACCACGAGGUCAUUAACCUCAUCCUGAGCUGCGGCGAGCAGGUCAGCAUGCAGGUGGUGACCCCCCAGGGUCGGGACUACCUGCACCCUCAGCUGAGCAACGAGCAGAAUGGUCGAUCCAGCAGCAGGCUCAGUCAACAGGAGAUGAUGAGGAAAGAGAGUUCCCCCACCACGUCAGAGACAGGGUCCACCAACAGCAAGCGUUUCAGCUGGGGGUUCCGUAGGAGGGAGAAGUCACACAGCCAACUCUCGGCACACUCACGGGCACAGAUCAACUCCAACAGAGAAAGCUGCAUGUGGUAGUCAAGAUACCGUCUCACUGGCCGCCCUAGCUGACCACCCCCAUUAUAGAGUGUGGGAGUCCAAAAUUAAAGUACCGUAUACCCUCAGUUAGACCCUAAGUUAAAAAUACUGAGGGAUCUCAAUUUCAGUUACGCCACCUAUAUUGGCACAUGGAAUGUUACAAAUCAUAACAUUUUUGCAACAAAUUGUCGAAGGACCUCUCCAUUUUGAAUAUUAAAUGGGGGGAUCAGAUAAUGUAGACGUUUUAUCAGUAGUCUAUGUUAGUUUUUCUAGUCACGACUGCUAGAGAAAAAACUGUAGAAGGAUUUAGACCAGUUAUAGCCAACUUCCAGAACAAAAUGUAUUGUGUAGGAAAGAGAAAGAGGACAAAUUAUUAUUUGUUAGAUGACUACCGGUAUGUUUCUACAUCUUAACAGUGAAAUAAGUGUUGUAUACAUUUGUACAGGUUUAUUCCAUCUAAUCUGGUUAUACCCGGUAGAUUAUUGCCUCAAUGCUCAAGCCCUUGCCUUAAACAGUGGUUUCUUGUAAUGUCUGUCAACUGCUAUAUAUAUCAUAUCUCUGAUAAGUCUCUUCAUGUUUACAGUUUAGUCAACAUUUCUGAGUGAUCCAUUGAAGCAUACGUUUCUUUUUCCUGUGUAUUUAAUGAUGACUUCAUUGUGACAGACAUUGUUUAUAUCAUUCUGUAAAACAGGGUUGUAUGUAUUUUCAACAGAGAGCUGGCUCUGAAGGAAGAAAAAAAUUGGGAAGCUGCUAUCCUGUAACUAAUAACCUUGGUAGGAAAUGUACAGAUUGUUAGUUUACACAUUCUAGGUGAGAUAUUUAAUGAUUUUAAAGUACAGUUUGUAUCUAACUUAUUGUUAUAUCUCUGAAUGUGGAGGAAGCUGUAGAAUAGUAUCAACUGGUAACUAUGCAACUUUCUACAGAUUUUAAUGCCUGCACGUUUGUAUGUAUCUACUGAAUACACUAUAUCACACCUGUUAUGUUUGUAUCGUAACAGCCGGUUGGCUUAUGAGGUGGCAUGCAAGUUGACACAUCCAAUCAAAAGAACUGUUGUGUAUAUAUAGGUGGUCUGGUCUGGGGACUGCCAAUGACACAUGACAAUGCCUGAUUUAUCAUGCACUUUUAAUUGUUGUCACUAGAUGGCGCUCAUGUGCAGUAAGUUGAUAUUGGUACCAAGAUGAUGAGAAACAACAGAUUAAGAAGAUUAAUAAGAUAACAAAAGGAGUCUGGUAUCAUCACAAAAGUGGAUUUGCUAUGAAAGGUUUAUUUUGUGAUAUAUAUACAUUUUGUGAGGUAAAUACAACAAACAGCAAGUAUAUAUCUGCUUGAUGCUUGAUAUAGGAAAAUGCAAGGAAUGUUUUGUAUUUACAAAGAUGCAGACAGUGAUAUAUUUUCAUGACUGAUGGUGACAGCUCUGAAUCUUGCCAGUUUUUAUACUUGCAAUCACAGCCAUAGUGGGAGCAAUAAAACCUUCAUCAUUUUGUAGACGGAAGUGGAAGGGAGGUUGGUACGAUUGUAAUGACAAUGAAUGGUUUUAAUCGAAAUUGGUGAUUGUAUGAAGAAGCCGAUUUCUUAGCCAUUAUUACAACAUGUUGAAGUAAGUUAUCACAUUUUUUGUAUGGACCUCUGCUAACAUCCACAUUUUAUCAAGGGUUUACAUGUACAUACCUAAACAUCCGAAGAAACUUUGUUGUCAUUUUAAAGUAAAUUUCUUUUGUUAACAAUCAGGACAGCAUUGCUGGUGCCAGUACAUAUGCUCACCCAUCAGCCCUAUUUUAUUUCCAUCAGUCUAAUGUACAAAUAGUGAUAUUGUGUAUCCUUCCUUUAGAGAGUUAUGACACAUGAUAGGUCAUGCUUUAACUUAGAUAUGUAUGACUUUUAGGAGGUUUUAGAUUUUCAGCAACUUUUUUCUUCAAGUCAUAAUGUGCAAGAAUAAGGAAAACCUUAUGUUACAUUCUGUUUGUAAAUGUAUUACCGAAAGUAUUAUGCUUGCAACAGUGAUUUGUAUAUAUUAAGCAAGAGUUAUUAUUAAAUGAACAGAAAGGGAGUCUUGAUGGAACAGAUAUGGCACUGUAUAUUUGCACUGGCUCUUAAAAUAAAUACAAAACAACAGCUCAGCUUUGUUGGUUGUAUUGUAAUGUAUUAUAUCCAUGCUGUAUACCACAAUUUUCUUAUCUACUAGUAAAAGAUGUACAUCUGUUAAGAAUACAUAAUGUCAUAUUUAAAGUUGUAAUUUUACUCUUAAGUUAACCAGAAGAUAUGAAGCACUGAAUAAAGUAUGAAAAAAUC